AUGUCGGAGGUUGAAGUAGUGGAUUUAUCUGAUGAGAGUGAUGGGGAAGUUCAGUUACUUGAAAUUCGUAAUCAAACUAAUGAUCUUAUAAAUGGAACUGGUCAUAAGAUUACUAAGAAAUUAGGAGAUAUAGAAUGUCCUAUAUGUUUUGAUGAGAUAACUAAUGCUACAACUACUUCUUGUGGUCAUAUAUUUUGUUUGGAAUGUUUACAACAAAGUAUAUCAUCAUCAACUGCGAGGGGGCAAACUAGACGAAGAGGUGUUGGGUUAUGUCCUUUGUGUAGGAAACAUGUACAGUUUAAGAAUAGUUUGGUAUUGAGGAUGAAAAUCAAUAAGAAGGUACAACCACCAAGCCUGGAUGUGAAUCCGGAAUUACAGCCUGAGAUGACCCCUGAGAUUCAGCCUCUCGGCCAAAAUCAUGACAAGAAACUUUGA